AUGUCUGAAGUCGUUGACGGUAACGUGAGAAUUGACAGAGUUUCCCCUGGUGAUGGUGCCACUUUCCCCAAGGCCGGUGAUUUGGUGACUAUUCACUAUACUGGUACAUUGGAAAACGGACAAAAAUUCGAUUCAUCAGUGGAUAGAGGUUCUCCAUUCCAAUGCAAUAUUGGUGUAGGUCAAGUUAUCAAGGGCUGGGAUGUUGGUAUUCCACGUCUUUCCGUUGGUGAAAAGGCACGUUUGACAAUUCCUGGUUCAUACGCCUACGGUCCACGUGGUUUCCCAGGACUUAUCCCACCAAAUGCUACAUUGGUCUUCGAUGUGGAAUUGUUGAAGGUGAAUUAG